AUGGGCCCGAAAAGAGGUAAAAAGGGCACUCCGUGGCCAGAACCACGGUUUGCAGAUGACCCUGAUAUACGCGCAUAUGUAGCUGCAGCCAUCAAAGAUCUCGAGGCACUGAAGAAGCACCAAGAAGCACUGGAGAUUGGCAUGCCCCGUGAGCUCUCUACUUCCGUGGUUGACGCGUUCUUAUACCUGGCUCGAAGGGUGAAGAAUACGCCUACGAAUGAGCAACUAGCGCAGCGGCUCGCGAAGGUCGAAUUACACGUGGAAAAGACGCAGAAAGAGGUAUCUCAGGCCUCUCGAGAGAUUACUACGACCAAAAGCAACACGAACCGCCUGGUGGAGGCAAUAUGCCACCCAACAUCCCCAGGGACACGUACCGCGAAAAAUUCUCCAAGCUUCAGUCACGUGACAACUAGCUCAGAGUCGUACGUACAGGCCUGGGGACGUAAGGUGCCCUCGAACCCUCCCACGGUCCCUAGCGUGGGAUUGAGUAGUGGAGGAAGCUUGCCAUCAACCCCAUAUCCAAGCCAGGAGGACCUAGAGGUCUAUCUGGAACAUACCGAUCCAAAUAUCCUCAACCCGAUACGUCGAUUCCCGGAUAAGGUGGUGGAGAAGGCAAAUCUCGCAAUACGCAGCACUCAAGACACCACCAUCGCACAUCGACGAAUUGCGGCAGCCCGUAUACUACCUAGUGGCGAUAUUAUACUCUUACUAGGCACAGUGGACGACGUCGACCAGCUUACCCGCAAGAAGGACUGGAUUAGGGCAUUCGGAAACGAAGCACGUAUACGAAAACGUACAUGGGGCGUCGUCGUACACGGCGUCAACACGAAUAUCAACCCCAAACAGCCUCAAUUCAUAACCACGCUUACCUCAGAGAACGCCCCGGUGUUCGCGCAGCUUCCAGCCUCUAUGAAUGUCACACACACGGGCUGGCUCCUAAGCGAGUAUAAGAUCAAGGAACAGAAGCUCACAAAUGCCCACCUUGUAGUCAUAUUUGAUGAUGAAAGGAUUGCUAAUUUUGCAAUCCAACGCGGCCUUAUUAUUAAGGGAAGACAGCACAAUGUCUCAAUAUACGACAAAGCAGCCAAUCUCCAGCAGUGCUUCAAGUGUCAGAUGUAUAAACAUAUCGCCAGGCACUGUCAGCGCCAGAUCUGCUGCGCGUACUGCGCUGGAUCUCAUGAUACAGGGGAUUGCCCUACACCGAAAGAGAAAGAAUACGCUAAAUGUGCUAAUUGCACCGCAGAAAAUGUCCAUAUCAAAGAUCCUGCCAAGAGACUCAAUACGAAACACUUUGCGUACGCGAGGGAGUGCCCGAUACGAGCUACAUGCCUCGCAGAGGCACAUCAACGACGUACAUACGGCCCACAAUAUCACACUCCUGUGAUACGACCUGGCAAUAGUCAGCCCGGAGCCAUCUCACCAAAUGACCCUACACCAGCUGAAGCAGCCAAUACAGAGCGAAGUCCUCGCGCACCGGCUCGUACAGCCACCACACGUCGAUCUGCCAACUCAAGAAGUAAGAGCGCAGCAGCCGCCCGAAAACGAGUGGCAGAACGAUCUGAGCCCGAGCCGAUAAGCCCUACAUCAGGUGACCCUACCAAUAGAUCCUCGAAAAAGCCUAUGAGAGCGCAGUGGGAUAAAGAUCUAGUUAUAGAUGCAGAUCCUAAUCCUGAACCUAAGACAGGACCUGAGACCCAGAUCAAAUAUACAUAUAACACACGUGCACGUCAGGAUACAAAGCCUCCACCAGGAACCCCGGUUCUGCAAUCAGAUAUUGCUCCACUAGAAAUUUCACAUGUGCAAGCUGUUAGGACUGUCCGCCGAAGUAAGAGUGUGCGUACGAUCCCAGACGAUGACUCAUCUGAGGAUGAACUUACCCAGCCAUCAAUCCACGAAGCCCCUCAGGAUCCAAUCGAGCCAGCUCAGGAGGCUGAUACGCUAAUGACCACGAACCUUGAAGACAGCACCUGGGCUAACAAUCACUUCCAUAUCCUACUGCAGCCCACACCCAAGGAAGAAUACAAGAAACGCCCACGAGUCUGUUUCUACGUCAAUAGAGGGCUAGAUCCAGCCACAUGGGAGGUCCAAUACCAUAAUAGAGAUCUGAGCACAUUGACACUUCAUACAGCCGCCCAUGGAACCAUCCAUAUUCACAAUGUAUACAAUCCAGGAGUCAAUAGCAACGAGGAAUCUGUAAUUAGCGCCCUGCAAACCGCCAUGGCACCUAGGGCGCAGCAUAUUGUAUUGGGGGACUUCAACCGACAUCACCCGCUGUGGGCGGGCCCGCGGUACCGACACGUUGACGAGGAGGCCACCGAAUUGAUUAAUCUUAUGGAUGAGCAUGGGCUCGAGCAGCUCUUGCCACCAGGCACGAUCACGUACGAGAGGGUUAACGCCAAAUCUACAAUUGAUCUGGUGUGGGCAUCGCACAAUCUAGCCAACCGGGUAGUGAGCUGCGACACCAAGCCAGAGUGUGGACGGAGCAGAUCAUGUCCCAAUCUCCACUCAAUUUGA